AACAGUAAGAGCGACUUAAAAUUACCCAGUAUAGUAAUUUUCUUGACGGUAAGGUCUCUAUGAAAAUAUCGGCAAAACAUCGGCAAAUUUUGUUACCGUUUGCGUCCGCUCCGAGAAAAUCCGACCUUCUCGACAAGCAUCAAGAAAUCGCCAGUUUGCAAGCGGAGGUCUCCAAAUAAUGUGAUGUGUUUCUUUUUCAGACCGGUCCACAAAAUGCAUGGUUGACCAAAAAAAAAGAAUGACUUGAGAAAUGAAAGGCACGAUACAGUAGCUAACUCCAUACACUUCUGAGUUCUCUCCACUCAACAAGAUGUCACGCCCAAAACUACUUCAGAAAAUCAUCUAUGCUGGCGUCGUUGUUUUGUGCAUUGUGAUUUGCUGGAAUGCAAGUUUGCUCUAUAGGCCUACAUCAAAAGAUGGAGACACGGAGCCAACCAAUCACGCCCAGCUCGUCAAACAGCGGGACACUUUGUUUGACACCAUCGGUAUGCUCAAACAAACGUGCUCUGACGGCGACCAUGGAAGAAAGCGUGGACCGGGGAGGAAUUCAGAGUCUGAUGGGACUGUUCGGAUAUGGACCAAACCAAGUGAAGUAGACCUCAGAAAAUCCCUUGUCUUAGGGAAUAGAAAGGAAAAGAAAGGUUUUCUGACGAUAGGCAUACCCACGGUUCAAAGAGAGAGUGAACACUACCUGACGCAAACUCUAGAUUCCCUCAUCGAGAACUCGACCCCAGAGGAACAGGCAGAGGUCACACUCUUUAUAUUCCUGGCAGAUUUUGAAGAAGAGAAGCGCAUGGUCUUGAAGAACCUUUUGAUGGACAGAUACCUGAGCCAUCUUGAAAGUGGUUUCAUGCAAGUCAUCCAAGCUCCUCAAGGAUUCUACCCACCCCUUGACAACUUGAAAUUGUUAUUUGGCGACUCUAAAGAAAGGGUCUACUGGCGCUCAAAGCAGUGUGUGGAUUUUGCCUUCAUGUUCUAUGCUGAUAGUUUUUCAGAAUACUACAUCCAAAUUGAGGAUGAUGUAGUUACAACUACAGGGUAUAUAAGUGCAAUUCGAGAAUAUGUUCAGUCGAAGAGAAGCACUGAUUGGAUAACACUGGAGUUUUCAGUCCUCGGUUUCAUCGGGAAGCUCUUCCAUGCUUAUGACCUGGACAGGCUGGCACAGUUUAUCAUGUUCUUUUACCAGGAGCAGCCCGUUGACUUCCUCUAUCGGUAUUUCAAUUCAUUGAAUGGCCAGCAAGAGACGCACCAACGGCUGCCGUCGCUUUUCCAGCACAAGGGGAAGCAAUCGUCGCUCAAGGAUAAGGAAAGCCACCUGGAAGACAACUUCUUUGACCUUGAUAAACGCCAGUAUACAGAUAGCAACAAUCCUCCAGCCAACGUGUACAGCGAUAUGAAGCAGUUCAGUAUGUACCUUGGGCCACAGUUGAGUUACAGUAUAGAGCCUGGGUACUUCUGGGCGGUGAGUCCUCAAGAGGGCCAGUCAGUAGUUGUUGUCUUUGAUGAUCCUACAGUGCUAUCCCGCAUCGCCAUUGCGACUGGAUCGGAUAAAAAUCCCGCGGACAUGUUAGAAGUGGCAGCACUGGAGUUGAGCUCUACCCUACUCCAAAGUGGAAGUGAAGAGACUUUACCAGAAUGUAGCAGCUAUGUUGAGAUGGGGCGAUUCGUAAAAGGAAGUAUCGACAUUAAUGUGCAAGAGAAAUUUACUGAAACUGUGGCGUGUCUCCGUAUUCACGUUCUUGUUUCUCAGGUUCAGUGGGGAGUUAUAAGAGAGAUUGCUGUUUGGAUACAUCGCUGACUGUAAAACCCUUUUCAUAAUCCUUUACCUUUCAUAUUCUCUUGAAUAUGCCAAAGUAUGUUUUACAGGAACAUGUCCAUGAAGAUCAUUUGCUCAUAUGCCAAUUUUCUUUUCAUCCUUGGGCAUGGUGGGCAGAUAUAUGAAAUUUGUCCUGGAAUGCUUUAAAAUUAUGCAGGUUUGACCGUUUAAGCACAUGAGACCUUCUACACAUCUGGGACCUCUUUUUAAAAGAGUUACGUCCAUGACAAUUUUGCCAUCCAAUAGCAACCCUUGGUUUUGAUUGGCUGUUGAUCACUGUUACCAUGGAAGUACAGUGGCGUACGCAGGGGGGGGGGGGGUUACAGGGCUUCGACCCCCUUAAAUUUACUGAUACUGGCCCCCCCCCCCAUAAGAAUUCAAAACCCUCCUAUUUUUUUUGAAGAACUUUUUUUUUUGCUUGUUAAUUUUUUUAGGGGUAGGAAACGACAUAAAUUGAUGGUGAAGACCCUUUUUUUGGUUGUAAAUAUUUCAUUCAGCUUGAGACCUCCCCCCUUAAAAAAUUCCUGCGUACGCCACUGAUAGUAAAUCCUAUGCACAGGACCUGUAGGGACAAUGAUUUUCCGAUUAACCAUAUGACGUUUUCCGUUUCUGAAAAACUGUAAUUCCAUUUUAAACUCGAUAUACAAAGGAAAUUCCGUUUUGUCGUUUAGGAAUGAACAGAAUAAAAGUACAAAUCCUCUUUUGCAAAAAAGGGUAAAUUCAAUAAAUUUUCACAUGGAAAAUAAAAAAAACAGAAUGGAUUUUCUGUUUUGAUUUACCGAUAAAGGGAAAAUCACUGUCUCUAGACCCGAGCAUAAAGAAAAAGAAAGUAAUGUCUCUCUUAAUAUCUUUCUUUAAAGGACAAGUCCACCCCAACAAAAAGUCGAUUUGAAUAAAAAAUCCAACAAGACUAUGACGUCAUCCACUCACUAUUUCUUUUGUAUUUUAUUAUAUGAAGUAAGAAAUAUUCUAAUUUUCCCCUCAUUGUCAAGUGAUACAACGAUUAAUUCCACCCUGAACGUGUGGAAUUAGUAUUAUUUAAUGCUAUAUGGUUCAGUCAAGUUGGUCCUUAUUGUCAAAUCUAUAAAAAAUGAAAUAUUAUAUAAUUCAAACAAUAAAAAACAAAAAUAAAAAUGAGUGAGUGAUGGACAUCAUCGACUGACUCACCUAGUUGUGCAUAUCACUAGCUGUUUGGUGAAAAAUAAGCGAAACUUUAAAAUGUCAUAACUUUCUUAUUUUACAUCCGAUUUUGAUGAAAUUUUCAGCACUAUGCUAGUUUGAUUUUUCUCUAUUUAUUCAAUUCAGCAUUUUUCCUGGGAUGGACUUAGACCUUUAAUUCAUCUUCCAGUGUGAUUCCCCCAUAAUGCUGCAUGCAUGAAUAAUAAUUUCAUAUUGCUUUGCGUUCAGUCAAAUGCAAAUGCAAUCAUGGUGGUUUUGGGUGGUAUGGAUAUUUGAACUGAAAAAAUAACUUUCUGUUUUUCACGUGAAUUUUUCAUAAAUUGAAUUGAUAUUUUUAGGUCUCUUGUAGAGGUAAUCGUGCAAUCCAAAGUCAAUUUGACGUUCUCUGCUGCAAUAGAAACCGUUGUGUUGCAUAUUAUCUAUUCAAAAGGCAGCUUAAGCGCAAGUGAUUAUUGGUCAGUGUGUAAAAGAAGAAAAUUAGCUGUAUUAUCAUUUUUGAUGACAUCACUUUUUUAAAGAAUAGAACUCUUCAUAUAUUGUGUUAUCUGUUCUUGAACAUGUUUUUAUAUACAAUUUAUUUCGUUAUUUCAGAUUCUGUAUGAUAUUUCAGAUAGGUAAUUCUCUCGCACUGGCAGGGUGAAUACAAUAGCAUUAUAAAUGUAACGUGAUACAAUGUUUUUGAUAACGAGGAAACUUGAAAAAAUCAUUGCCUUUAUUUAUUGUUAACAUAAUUUCUUUUGUUUUCAUUCGAUUUUGAUGAUCUUUUAAUGUUUCACUAGUUUGAUUUUUCUCACUUCAUUUUGGUCACCCCUUUGAUUACCCCGUUGAAUAUUAUUAGACAAUGUUAUAUUUAUAUUAAGAAUCAUUGUGUCAAAAUAAAACUGUAUUUUCUGUAUAAAUGAUUUUCACCCUCAUCACAUUUUUGAAAGCACAUCGCGUAUUUUUUGUAUUAAUUACAUGUAUAUCUUUACAUAUUAAUAUGUGCCUUUUAACCUUAUGUAUAUGAUCAAACUAGAAAACACUCAUGGAUCCGUCUCCUUAUCUUGUUUCAAUGUGCACAUUCAUCUCAUUUUGUCUUUAUAAUAAUAAUAAUAAUAUAAAGUGGAACAACCAUUAUGGUUGUUCCACUUUAUAUGUUUGUCAUUUUGCCUCCGACGAAGAUUCUGCUAGGAUCGAAAGCUUAGGCCCCUAUUGACUUUUUAAUUUACUCCAUUGACUCUCUUUUAUUAGAUAAGCAGUUUUCAGCAGCUUCUUUUUGCCAAUAAUAAUAAUAAUAUUUCGAAUUUAUAUAGCGCUUAACACAUCGGAACGACGUCUCUAAGUGCGUUACAUGAUAUAUUAUUACCCCGGUCAUCGAUCGGAUCCGUGCAUAUACCCGCACAUACUGUAUGCACAUUCUCCACUCCCUGGGGAGCAUUCCAACAAGAGUUCCAAGACUCAAUUGCUCGGCAUACUACAUAUAGGCUUUCGCAUCAUACCUGGUACCCAUUUAACACCUGCAUAUAGUGGAGAGUGGCAAAUUGUGGAUUGACGCCUUACCCGCAAUGGUGGGAUUCGAACACAAGACCCUCUGAUUACAAGGCGAGAGUCAGAGCCGCUACACCAUGGCGCUUUAACCACGUUAUGGGGUUUCGUGGUCUGGUGCUUUUACUAUCGUCUUUCAAUCUGGGUUAAAAUCCCUAGCCAUGGCGUGUUUUUCUUCAGGAAUAAAUUUACCUACGUUGAGCUGCAUCAACCCAAGUGAGGUGAUCGGGUAGCCGGUAGGAAGAAAUUCCUUAAAUAAAAUGCUUCAGCGCCUAGGUAGCCGAGCUGAAACACAGUUUUCGGAACUGAAAUGGCUGCCCUGGGUAGAUAUACUGCUAUUAUUAUUUUUAUUAUUAUUAUCAUUAUUAUUGAUGUUGUUGUUAUUAUUAUUAUUAUUAUCAUCAUCAUCAUUAUUAAUAACAAUAUUAUCAUCAUUAUAUUAAUCAAAAGCUAAAUAAUUUCAAAAUACAGAAAAUAGCCAAUAAGAUUUAAUUGGUAUAUGUUUCCUGGUAACAUGAGUGGUAACUACAUUAUGUGGAAUGGAAAAUUGUGUAAUCGCAUCAUUGAAUUGACCAAAACAGGGUGAUCAAUUAAGGUAUACAUUUCAUAAAAUUUUUUUUAAGUGGGUGCGUCGUGGUCUAGUUGUUCUGACUCUCGCCUUUGAAACAGAGGGUCGUGUGUUCGAAUCGUAGCCAUGGCGUAUUUUCCUUCAGCAAGAAAUUUAUCCACACUGUGCUGCACUCGACCCAGGUGAGGUGAAUGGGUAUCACUCUAAAUUACAGGGAUUUAAAACAAGUCCACAUGGACUGUAGUUAGGGACCAAUCGAAUUCCGGAUUUAGUUUGAAUCCUUAAGAUUCAUUUUUAAAUCUCGAAAGAUUUAAAUUCAAAUCAUUUGAGAUUUAAAUUUAAGUCGUUAGGAUUAAAACUAAAUUCAGAAAUCGAUUGGUCCCUAGCUACAGUCCAUCUGGACUUAUUUUAAAUCCCUGUAAUUUAGAGUACCCGGCAGGAGUAAUUCCUUGCAUGCACUGAGCGCCGGUGAUGGUAGCUCGAGCUAAAGCCGGGGUAAUAAUAGCAGCGCUUUGUAUCCUCUGGCAAAAAGCGCUUUAUAAAUCCAACUAUUAUUAUUAUUAGUAUUAAAUGCAUUGAAUCGCAUACUUAAUCUUCUCUAUAGUAAUCCGAGAUAGUAAUAGGUGAGGAAUGGAACGUAUGAAUAAAUGCAAGAUUUCUA